UAUAGAGGGCAGGCCGUCCGCGCUGCCGAGUGUGGGGCGCCCCCGACCUGACCCGUGUGAGCCAGCCUGCGAGCCGCGGCUGCUGGUGCCGGAGGGUCAGAGCCUAGGCCAACCCUAACCAAGGAGGUCAGGGCGAGGCGAGCCGUCUGGGCGAUCAUGGCCACGCUGCUGGGCGCCUACCCCUGGCCGGACGGGCUGGAGUGCCCGCCUUUGGACGGAGAGCUUUCUGAUGGGCUGGCAUCGCCCGCAGCCCAUCGUACCCCGGGGGAGAAGGGCGCCGAGAGCCGCAUCCGCCGGCCCAUGAACGCCUUCAUGGUGUGGGCCAAGGACGAGAGAAAGCGGCUGGCAGUGCAGAACCCAGACCUACACAACGCGGAGCUCAGCAAGAUGCUGGGAAAGUCCUGGAAGGCUCUGACUCUCUCCCAGAAGAGGCCCUAUGUGGAUGAGGCCGAGAGGCUCCGGGUACAGCACAUGCAGGAUUAUCCCAACUACAAGUACCGCCCUCGUCGAAAGAAGCAGCUCAAGCGUAUCUGUAAACGGGUGGACCCAGGUUUCCUGCUGAGCAGCCUUACUCGAGACCAGAACUCCCUCCCGGACAAGAGGUGUGGCAGCAGGGUUUCUGUGGGGGAGAAAGAAGAACAUGGUGAGUACUCCCCAGCUACAGCCCUGCCCAGCCUCCGGGGCUGCUAUCAGGAGGUACCCACUGGCAGCUGCACCAGCGCUAGCAGCUCCACUAGCAGUGUGGAUGCCUACCCAUAUGGGCUGCCCACCCCACCAGAAAUGUCUCCUUUGGAUGUCCUGGAGCCUGAGCAGACCUUCUUCUCUUCCCCUUGCCAGGAAGAGCACUCUCAUCCCCACCGUCUCCCACACAUACCAGGAACUACGUACUCUCCAGAAUAUAUGCCCAGCCCCCUCCACUGCAAUCACCCUUUGGGCUCCAUUGCCCUCACCCAGUCCCCGGGCGUCUCCAUGAUCCCCUCUGUAACCAGCUGCUCACCUUCCCCAGCAUACUACUCUCCCCCUGCCUUCCAUGCUCUCCACCCCAACCUUCAUGCCCAUCUGGGCCAGCUCUCCCCUCCCCCCGAACACCCAGGUUUCGAUGCCCUUGAUCAACUGAGCCAGGUAGAACUCUUGGGGGACAUGGACCGUAAUGAAUUUGACCAGUAUUUGAACACUCCCGGCCAUCCAGACUCCACAGGGGGCAUCACUAUCAGUGGACAUGCCCCGGCCUCCCAGGUGACACCGGGGGGCCCCACGGAGACCAGCCUCAUCUCAGUCCUGGCUGAUGCCACAGCGACCUACUACAAUAGCUACAGUGUCUCCUAGACCUCUGUGCAUAUGGCAAUUCCUGACCUUCUGCUCUGUGUGGACUGAACUGAGCGGAGAGACUAAAACAGUAUUAGCAAUAGCUUCCCUUGAUACAACGUCUCUGAGGGCUCCCUCAGAAUGGGUCAAGGUCUAAGCUGAUGGAUUGGAAUUGACUUCGUCCUAUAGAUAAAUGGACUUUUGCUGACCCACUUUCCCUUCCUGACAACUAGUUCCACUUUCCUUCAGCAUAUUUUCUUAAUUCUCUCUACCACAUGAACAUGUCAAUGUAAGACUCCUACUGAUGCUGUUUAAGACUGAAAUUUUCUCUGACUUUCCUCUCUUCCCAUCAUAUGAAAUACAACAGCUUCACUCCAUCUCUGGGAAUCCUUUCCCUGUACUCUUUUCCCUGCCUCAGACAUAGGCUUGCAGAGGAUCAGAACAAAAGGCAUUGGCUUUCAGGUUAGCAUAGUGGAACGAGCGACAGGGAGUCUGGAAAACUGAGGUCCAGUUAUACCUCUGCUAGCAGACAAGCUAGUUGACCUUCAAAAUAGUAUUAAACAACUCCAGGCCUCGGUUUCCUCCUCUGUCAAAUGAGAUCAUUAGUCUAGGUGAUCUCCAAGCUUGCCUCCAUCCACUUAGGAAACAAAAAUGAAUUAAGCUUUCAAUUGUGCUCUCUGCAUUCUGCCAACUUAAAAAAAAAAAUUGCUACCUUUAAAAAAUCUGUCAAAGAAACCAAGUUAAAACAGCAACCACAACUGUGACUUGGGAAAUUGUUGGUUGAAGGUCUGUGGAAAAUAAGAAUGCAAAGGUGAAAGGAAGAUCAGAUAACUAAAGGUAGUUUUACAUUUUUUCUGGAUGGGUCUGUGGGAAUAAAAAAAUUCAUGAAAACAGAUGUAAUCAUUUAUGUAUCUGAAGAUGAUACUUGGACUGUUUCAUAUACCUAUGUACACAUAUAUGCAGGACUCUUCUGGAAUACCUUCAUCGAAACCCCAUCUCUCAUAACCAUAAAGGCCAUGAGGCAGGUUAGGACCAAACAGAUUCACUUUCUCCCAAUAUCAGGGUUCAUGAGAUUUAUGUACCAUAUUUUGUCAUAGUCUUUUCUGUAUAGGAAGGUACCUCUCUCUUGUCUCUUAUCUCUGUUCUAUCUCGCUUGCUUUCCCCUUCUCUCUGUAUCUCCUUCCUUCCCUUUGCCUCCCAAGAAAAUGUAGACAACUCACUUUGGAAGAUUUUAUGAGCCCCGAUCCCACCCUACAGAUAUUUCCAGCCUUCUCCAAAGCCUCCUUUGAAGGAAUAUACUCAACACUGAGCAACAAGAUCACUGAUUGUCUUUCAACUUCAGUGUAUUAUUGCUUGUCGGGAACCUGUAAAUUGAUCAUAUAUUCUCCCUCAAUUUCCCCCUGUAUUUUGUAUUGUUAAAGUUUCUUUUUUUCUUCCAUGAAAAUUUUUUAUUGUAAAUCAAUUAUAAAACAUGAUUAAUCUUCAUGUUAUUACUGCAUAUGAAAUUUGAUAAUAAAUAAUAGUUGUAGCUACGAUUGACUGAUGUGCAAUCUUGAAUGUGUAUUAAUUAUCUUUUUAAACACUACAGUUAUAAGCUAAAAUGUUCCAUCUUUUAUAAGAGUGAUAUUUGCUUGGAACAGCUGUGUAGAUAUUAGUUUGUUUAAACUAUUUAAUUUAAAUAAACACUUUUUUUACCAUGA